AUGCCGACAGGUCCACCUUUAAAAAUGACACAUAAUGAACAACAAAAAGCAAUAAUUGCUGCUUUUAAACACGCCUGGCAAGCAUAUAAAGAAUAUGCUUGGGGUAAAGAUGAAUUAAAGUCCGUUUCACAUCGAAGCAGUACUUGGUUUAACCUCGGUUUAACAUUAGUUGAUUCUCUGGAUACCAUGUGGUUAAUGGGCUUAACUGAAGAAUUCAAUGAAGCAAGAAAUUGGGUGGCCCAUUCAAUGGUCAUAGCUCAAACAAAAGAUGUCAAUUUGUUUGAGACGACAAUACGUGUUCUUGGAGGUCUCCUAAGUGCUUACCAUUUAACAAAAGAUAACAUGUUCUUAGAGAAAGCAAGUGAUCUAGGUGAUCGUUUGUUGCAUGCAUUUGGUACAUCUUCAAAUAUCCCAUUCUCUGAUGUUAACUUGUACACAUUAAAACCACAUGCUCCUAAAUGGGGACCUGAUAGUUCAGUAUCAGAAGUAACUUCCAUUCAAUUAGAGUUUCGAGACCUCACUCAACUAACAGGAACAAAAAAAUAUCAGGAAGCAGUUGAUAAAGUCAUGGAAACUGUUCAGGCUCAAGCACGAAGUCACAAUUUAGUACCACAGUUUAUCAAUGCACAAACUGGUCGAUUAAGUUCAGGUACUUUAACAUUAGGAUCACGAGCUGAUAGCUAUUAUGAGUACUUACUAAAACAAUGGUUACAAAGUGGAAAGACAGAAGAUAAGUUUCGUAACUGGUAUUUGGACAGUGUCCAAGGUAUCCAGGAAGUGUUGCUUUCUCACUCAGAGCCAAAUAAAUUGACAUUUAUUGGAGAAAAAAGAGGCAGAUUCUCACCUAAAAUGGAUCAUUUAGUCUGUUUUAUUGGGGGCGUGUUAGCAUUAGGGGCACAUCAUGGCCUACCCUCCUCACAUUUAGAAUUAGGAAAAGAAUUAACUUAUACUUGUUGGCAAAUGUAUGAACGCAUGGCAACAGGUUUGAGUCCUGAAAUUGUAUACUUCAAUACUAGUCCAGAUAAGACUGACGACAUUACUGUUAAGGCAAAUGAUAGACACAACCUCUUACGUCCCGAAACUGUAGAAUCGUUUUUCGUUCUUUAUCGACUUACAAAAGAUCAACGCUAUCGAGAAUGGGGUUGGAAAAUCUUUCAAGCAUUCGAGAAAUACACGAAGCUACCUAAUGGUGGUUACACAUCUAUUAAUAACGUGCAAGAUACACAGAAUCCAGGUUAUAGAGACAAAAUGGAAAGUUUCUUUUUAGGUGAAACUCUUAAAUAUUUCUUUCUCUUGUUCUGUGAUGAUGAUACUGUAUUAUCACUGGAUGAAUGGGUCUUUAAUACUGAAGCACAUCCUCUACCUAUAUGGACAAAAUGA